AUGAGGUCACAAAUCGUUGGUAUUACGCCGACACAAGACGGAUCUACCCAGGCGUAUCCUGAUGAUAUUCUCAGUGAGGUGGAAAAGCCCAACCCUACACAACUUCGACAGGACGCCUUUGGUGAUGAGGAACAUGCGGAAGUUAAGUACAAGGUGUUGACAUGGUGGUAUAUUCUCUCUUUCCCCAAGAGCUUAGCCCAAACUAGCACUCUGACAAUAUUCGAUUUUUUCAGGCAAGGUGGCCUUCUCAUGGUCGCCGAGACAAUUUCAUUGGGCAUCCUCUCUCUUCCAGCAGCCAUCCGCUAUCCUCCAACCAACCUCAGCCACAACACCUUUUUCACCUUCAUGGCGGAGCUUAAAGACCCGAGAGACUUCCCGAAGGCCCUUGCCUUGCUCCAAACUAUCGACAUGACUCUCUAUAUUAUUGCCGGCGUUGUUAUCUACCGUUAUGCCAGUGCCGAUGUCACAUCCCCAGCGCUGGGCUCUGCUGGCCCGCUGAUCUCCCGUAUUGCUUAUGGCGUAGCUCUUCCCACUAUCGUUAUCGCCAGUGUCAUUAACAGUCAUGUCGCUGCCAAGUCAAUAUAUAUCCGCAUCUUCGCGGGCACUGACCGCAUGCACAAGCGCGAUCUAAUCGCCAUCGGCUCCUGGGUCGGCCUCACUGUCUGCUUGUGGAUCGUUGCGUGGAUUAUUGCGGAGGCGAUUCCUGUGUUUAGUAGCCUCCUUCCACUUAUUACUGCUCUAUUCGGCAGCUGGUUCACUUUUGAGUUUACUGGUAUGUUUUGGCUACACAUGAACAAGGGUCUGUGGUUUUCAUCGCCCAAGAAGAUUGCUUUGACAGUCCUCAACACCUUUGCCAUUUGUGUUGGUAUUGUCCUG